UUACAAAAUACUUUGCAGCGUUCUUAGUGCGUUAUCGCCAUGUCUACUUGAUUUUAAAGUUGUUAUUUGAACUUUCUUGGAUUAAAUUUUAUAUACUAAAUUUUUUUAUUCGUACUAUUAUGAUGUAGUUGUUUGUAAUAUGGUCUAUUCUUGUGCGUGUUGUUGAUGAAUUCCGUCAAAUAAUCGGGAAAGAUUGAGAAAAUGCUCCUUCUACAUAUCUAAACAGAUGCUUUUCAAAAAUAUAUCUUUUAUUUGUGUAUAUUUCUAUGAAAUUUUUUUGAACUCGUUGGCAAUAUGAGUGCAAAUAACGAAGACGAAAAGGAAUUCCAUAAGUCGGUGCCCCUAGACUUGGCUCGAAGUCAAAUCACAACAGUGAGAACUGUUGAAGGCAAAGCCCCCUUGAUGAUGAGUAGCCAGACUUUGAGGGGUAUGAGAGUGUUAGCUCAAGGAUUAUCGUCAAGUGGUAGUCAGAGUGCUUCUGGUCCAACGAUUAUAGCCACCAAUAUUGUACCUCAGGUCUUAAAACAAGAACCUGUCAGAACUCAAAUCACAAAUAUAAUUAAUACUAGUAAUCAAAAUUCUGGAGUACAAUCUCAGGGUAACAUUACUUUGCAACGCCCUUCACAACUCACUUUGACUGCUACUACUAUAUCCCAGAGCUUACAAUCAGGUACAACUUACCAUGUUCCAAGAGGUCCAGCUGUAGUGGCAAAUUUGGCAGCACCUAGAGGAAAUGUAGCUAGUGUCCGUACUCCUAUGAUUGUAACAGCACAAUCUGCAAGUCAGACACAUUCAUUUGUACGUCCACCUCGAGCUCCUAGCCCUGCGCAAGGAACUGCUUGGUUAAACACUAAUUCAUCUAAUGGUUCUCAAAUCAAGGGUGCUCCUACAGUUCUUAGUUCUCCCGUUAGGGGUGCUACAGUCACUGGCAAGCCAACAUUGAUCAACAGAACACAACCAUGUACUCAAGGUGUUCAAACUUUGAGACCUGCCACAAUUUUACAUUCUGCUAUCACUAUUGGACAACCAGGACAGAUUCAUUCCUUCAAGACAAGUCAAGGGCCCCAAAGUGUUCAAACUUUGAAUAAUACAGUUAGCUUGUCUCAAGUUUUGCCGCCCCGUACACAAGCAAUAGUUUAUAAUGCAAGCUCAACAAAUCAGUUCAUCCCAGCUCGCUUAACUGUGGCUUCUUCAAUGCAAAAUCAGAGACAAGUGCUACGGCCAACUUAUGUUAGUUCUGGAAAAGUCACAGUGUCAGCAAGUCAAAUAAAUUCUAAUAGAUUAAUCAACCCUCAAGGAACUGUUCUUACACCAGCUGCCAGGAUAUCUGCACAACCUUCCCAGAAUACAGCAACAAGAAUAGUAACAACUCAACAGGCAGUAACUAUCAAUAGAUUACCAGGUUCAACGAAUACUGUACAAAAUACUAGUGGAAGUAGUUUAGGUACUGCAAGAAUACUUCAUUCCAUUGUGGCUGUUGCUAACUCACAACAAAGAAAUAUUCAAACUUCUGGGACUAAGGUCAUAACUCAAGCUACACAGGGUACUAUUCAUUUAACACCAUUGAAUGCAUCAAUAAAAACAACACCAAGUAAUACUCAAAAUAUAACAAGAACAAUUAACGUGCCUGCUGCACUUGUAGCGCAAAGGCCUACUGCAGUAGUUUCCUCUCAAACUAUUCCACUUGUUAAAGCUUUUCCAGCAGAGAACCCACAAAACUCAAAUGUUUUUAUACAUACACCUAAUGUAUCACAUCGGGCAACACCUAGUCCAACUAGUGUUACACAAACGAAUACCCUGGUGCCUGCUACAACAGUUGCAGCAUACACUAUAGGUGGAGGUACCUACUUUUAUGAUGCUUCUGGUACCUAUUCUGCCUCCCGUUCUUUUGGUCAGCAAUCUAGUAAUUUCACAACUGUCACCCAAUCUUCGCAACCCAUAAGAUCAGCAGUGAUGGGUACACAAGUACACAGUAUGGUUGCCAACCCACAAACAAUGCGCUACAAUUCAGUCAUGGUAGUAGAGCAAGGUCGGAAUCAACAAUUUAAUUCUGACUUCAAUCCAGACCAAUCAAUCCAACAGACCCCUCUGGCAAGCCGAACAACAGCUUCACCAAGACCUAGUAUUUUAAGAAAGCGUGAUCAUGAAGGCAAUUCUUUGAAGGUUGCCAAAAAUCUCAAUAAUGUUUUGGCCAGUCUUCCUUCUCAACCACAAACGAGUCAACUUCCGUUAUCACCUCCUCCUAGGCCAGAUUCUAGAGGUACUGGAAAUAGUUCUGGGGGUAGUACUACAAUCUCUGCUACUUCCAGUCCUGGCCCAGCAGAGGAUGAGUCAAGUAUGCCGGCAGUAUCUGAAAAUCAUAAAGAAGAAGAUGUUAACAAACCUCCUCUGGAAAUGAGUCCUAGGAAGAAGCCAAGAAAACAGCAAUUGACUGGGAAUGAUCUAAAUGAACAUAAUGAUGAUAUGCAGUUCAUUUCGGAUAAUGUGGUCAAGAAGGAUGAUGAUUCUGAUGUUCACUCAGACGAGCCUAGAGAUGGUGCUCCUGAAGCUCAUCGUGUAGCUACACUUCGUAAACCUGCCACAGCAAGCCUUCUGAAUAGUUAUAAACAGAAUUGGAAAUCUACUCAUAACCAUUUCAUGAGGUACUCUGACGUCAAACCCAAAGAAGAAAGAAAGCCAACAAUAAUAGAUUUAGCCAACCAAUACAGAAUUCAUGACAGAGUCAAUGGGUGGAAGGUUUAUCAUUUGUCUACGCAAAUGGACGAUAUGGCAGAGUUGGAGCAAUCAGAUUAUGAUAGUUUGAGCGUAUUCCUCAAAUGUAUUGAAAAUGACGAGGAAAAUAAGUCUGAUAAAGAUGUCAAUAGGAUAAGUGAGCUAAUUAAGGGUAACUUGCAAAGAAUCAAAAUAAUUCAAGAAGGUAUAUUAGAGGCAAAAUCUCAAAUGAUGAAAGUGUUUGAUCACAAAUCUCAAGUAACAGACCUUAUAAACCGAUGUGCCAGCAAACGUAAUUUUAAGAAAAGAGAAAAGUUAUAACUCAAAUUAGUUAAUAUUUAAGUUGAUAAACAUGUUUGUUUUUUAAAUUGACAAAAAUAUAUUUAUUAAUUUUAUAAGCAAGAAUUUAUUUAUGUUCUCGAGUGUACAUAUUGGCAAUAUAAUAUUAGAAAUAAGAAGAUGUUAUUAUAUAUGAUUUAUAAAUAAACAAUUUCCAUUUGA